GUUGAUAAUCACGAACAGAAAAAGAAGUCCAGUCGGUUCCUUAUACGCCUACCUGUCUAAUUAAUAUUCACGAGUCUUCAGCAGGGUUUGGCCAUGCUGUAGGCAUCAUCAUCAGAAGAAGGUAGUGAGGUACUGAAGAGGAAGAGCAGCGCUAUGGCCUCCACCGUCGCGGUUCUCGUGCUUCUGUCUGCGUGUUUAUUCACGGUCACAGUCGGUUUUGGCGAUGACUGUCACAGCUACUUCACCAGCAGUAAUAAGUACGUGUCCUCGAGUAGCUGCGGUUAUCUACAGCACUGCUGUGGGUCCUGCGAUUUCAGAUACUGCUGCCCCCUUGGAUCUUUGAAGUUAUCCGAUCAUGAUCAAAACAUGUGCGCCAUCAAAAACGGUGGGAUUGGCGUCAUUGUUUCAUCAAUAGUGGGACUUGUGAUCCUCAUCAUUAUGUUCAUCAUCUGCUGCUGCUGCCCCUGCUGCUGUAUCUAUAAAAUGUGCAGAAAACCCAGACCUGUGGUAGGAACGCAUGUAACGACAGUCAUGAAUACUCAAUGCAUUCAGCAGCCUGUCGUGCAGGGAGCUCAGUAUCCAGCAUACCAGCCUGUGCCGACUCAACCGGGCUACGGCGGUCAGCCUAUGCAGGCGGGACCAUAUCAGGGACAGCCAUACGCACCAGGACCCCCACCCCCAUAUCACACAGUCGCGAGCCCUGGAUAUCCCAGCAGUCAGGCUGCAUAUGCCGGAAGUCAGGCUGCAUAUGCCGGAAGUCAGGCCAUGAACCCCAUGCAGCCGCCUGCGCAGCCCGGUACCGCUUAUCUGCCCUCAGACGAAUUCAGUCAGCCGGCCUAUAACCCCGCCUACAUGCAGCCACCGAAGACUGGUUACUAAACCACAAGUGUCUGUCACAUCAGUCAUUGUUGGAUUGUGGAAGUUGACGCAGUUUCACACAUUGUACAAGACUAG